AUGUCCUUUGAUCGCCUAAGCUCACUCGAGUCGCAACCGACGACCUGGCGGCGCGAAGAUGACCCGCAAUACCGCGAUGACCCGGAGUUCCAUAGGUUUACGGAGAACCUGUCCAAUCAGCUGUUUACGCUGACUUCGAAUACGUCCAAUUUGUCAAAGCAGAUCGCGCUGCUGGGCACAAAACGCGAUACUGCACGGGUCCGAGAACGAGUGCAUGAUCUCCUGGAGGAGACCCGGGCCCUGUUCAAAGAGGUGGGGGAGGGCAUCAAGAAGGUCCAGGCAUGGGAAGACGUUAAUCCUGCCCAAAAAUGGACUCAGCAGAAGCUGUCAACUGAAUUUAAAGCAACACUCGACGAAUUCCAGACUGUCCAGCGCCGUGCGCUUGAGAAACAGCGCGCCUCUGCAGUGGCCUCCCGGACUGCUUUGGAGGAGGGCACUACGACAGUUGCUGGUGAAGAGCAGCAGCAGCUACAACAGCAGCUGCAGGAGGAGCAGCAGCGGUUGGCGAACCAAGAUGAGGUGGACUUCCAGGAGGCGUUGAUUAUUGAGCGCGAGGCCGAGAUCCGCAACAUCGAACAGAGCGUCGGAGAGCUGAAUGAGCUUUUCCGAGAUGUUGCCCAUAUCGUACAUGAGCAAGGGGGUCAGCUGGACAUCAUCAGUGAAAACGUGGAGAGGGUGACGAAUGAAACACGCGGAGCAAACGUCGAGCUGCGCAGUGCCAGCCGAUAUCAAAAGAACGCAAGAAACAAGAUGUGCUGCUUGCUGAUAAUCUUAGCGGUCAUCCUGGCCAUCAUUGUCUUAGCUGCCACCCUUGGGUGA